CCAAGCAUUUCAUUGAUAAACUUUCAUUUGUUUUUGAAAUUAAUUAAAUAAAGUAGUUAAAAUCAGUGUAGAAUUAAUUCAACAUGUCCAACAUUACGGCAGCGGUUAUAGCCAACCGCAACAAGAAGCACUUCCUGGGCGUUCCAGCUCCUUUGGGCUAUGUGGCCGGCGUUGGUCGAGGAGCCACGGGAUUCACCACCCGUUCCGAUAUUGGCCCCGCCCGCGAUGCCAACGACGUGUCCGACGAUCGCCACGCGCCGCCGGCCACCAAACGUAAGAAAAAAGACGAAGAGGAGGAGGAGGACGAAGACUUGAACGACUCAAACUAUGACGAGUUUAGUGGUUACAGCGGCUCCCUGUUCUCGAAGGAUCCGUACGACAAGGACGACGAGGAGGCGGACGCCAUCUACGAUUCGAUAGACAAGCGAAUGGACGAGAAGCGCAAGGAGUAUCGUGAUCGGAGGCUGCGGGAGGAUCUGGAGCGCUAUCGCCAGGAGAGACCGAAGAUCCAGCAGCAGUUCAGUGACCUCAAACGCUCGCUGGCCAGCGUCACCUCGGAGGAAUGGUCCACGAUCCCGGAGGUGGGCGAUAGUCGCAACAGAAAGCAAAGGAAUCCGAGGGCCGAAAAGUUUACCCCACUGCCGGAUAGCUUGAUUUCCAGGAACCUGGGCGGCGAGUCGUCCUCCACCUUGGAUCCGUCCUCUGGCUUGGCCUCCAUGGUGCCUGGCGUGGCCACGCCGGGCAUGCUCACCCCUACGGGAGAUCUGGAUCUGCGAAAGAUCGGGCAGGCCCGCAACACCCUUAUGAACGUCAAGCUGUCGCAGGUUUCUGAUUCCGUGACUGGCCAAACGGUGGUCGAUCCCAAGGGCUAUCUCACCGACCUGCAGAGCAUGAUUCCCACCUAUGGCGGCGACAUAAACGACAUCAAGAAGGCUCGCCUGCUGCUGAAGAGCGUGAGGGAGACGAAUCCCAAUCAUCCACCCGCCUGGAUUGCCUCUGCUCGCUUGGAGGAGGUCACUGGCAAGGUGCAAAUGGCCAGGAAUCUGAUCAUGAGGGGUUGCGAAAUGAACAUCCAGUCCGAGGAUCUCUGGCUGGAGGCAGCGCGUCUGCAGCCGCCUGAUACAGCCAAAGCGGUGAUCGCGCAAGCUGCUCGUCAUAUUCCGACCUCAGUUAGGAUUUGGAUUAAAGCCGCGGACCUGGAAACGGAGACGAAGGCAAAGCGUAGGGUUUUCCGGAAAGCUCUGGAACACAUUCCGAACUCCGUUCGCCUGUGGAAAGCUGCCGUGGAGCUGGAGAAUCCCGACGAUGCGCGAAUUCUACUCUCCCGUGCCGUAGAAUGUUGCAACACCAGCGUUGAACUUUGGCUGGCCCUCGCCCGCUUGGAAACCUAUGAGAAUGCCCGCAAGGUGCUGAACAAGGCUCGUGAGAAUAUACCCACGGACCGGCAGAUUUGGACCACGGCUGCUAAGCUGGAGGAGGCCAAUGGUAACAUUCACAUGGUUGAGAAGAUCAUCGAUCGAUCGCUGACCUCGCUGACCGUCAACGGGGUGGAGAUCAACCGGGAUCACUGGUUCCAGGAGGCCAUCGAGGCGGAGAAAUCGGGCGCCGUCAACUGUUGCCAAUCAAUUGUGAAGGCUGUCAUUGGAAUAAGUGUGGAGGAGGAGGAUCGCAAGCAGACCUGGAUCGAUGAUGCCGACUUUUGCGCCAAGGAAAAUGCUUUUGAGUGCGCCCGAGCUGUCUACGCUCAUGCCCUGCAGAUUUUCCCCUCCAAGAAGAGCAUCUGGCUGCGAGCCGCUUACUUUGAGAAAAACCAUGGCACUCGCGAAUCGCUGGAGGCUUUGUUGCAGCGAGCCGUGGCCCACUGCCCCAAAUCGGAGAUUCUCUGGCUGAUGGGUGCCAAAUCCAAGUGGAUGGCUGGCGACGUUCCGGCGGCGAGAGGCAUUCUCUCCCUGGCCUUCCAAGCCAAUCCCAAUUCCGAAGACAUUUGGCUGGCGGCCGUCAAGUUGGAAUCGGAGAACUCGGAAUAUGAACGUGCGAGGCGAUUGUUGGCCAAGGCCAGAGGCUCGGCACCAACGCCCAGAGUGAUGAUGAAAUCAGCUCGCCUGGAAUGGGCCUUGGAGCGAUUCGAUGAAGCCCUGCGGCUGCUGGAAGAAGCAGUGGAAGUGUUCCCCGAUUUUCCAAAGCUCUGGAUGAUGAAAGGUCAAAUAGAGGAGCAACAAAGACGAACGGAUGAUGCAGCUGCCACCUACACGCAGGGCCUGAAGAAAUGUCCCACAUCCAUCGCCCUUUGGAUUCUAUCUGCCAAUCUGGAAGAGCGUAAAGGAGUGCUGACAAAGGCCCGCUCGAUUUUAGAACGUGGUCGAUUGCGGAAUCCCAAGGUGGCUGUUCUCUGGCUGGAGGCCAUCAGGGUGGAAUUGCGCGCGGGUCUGAAGGAGAUUGCCAGCACCAUGAUGGCUAGAGCAUUGCAAGAAUGUCCCAAUGCCGGAGAGCUAUGGGCUGAGGCCAUUUUCAUGGAAACUAAGCCUCAGCGAAAGACAAAAUCAGUGGAUGCGCUCAAGAAAUGCGAGCAUGACCCGCAUGUACUGCUGGCAGUUUCAAAACUUUUCUGGUCGGAACACAAGUUCUCCAAGUGCCGGGAUUGGUUCAAUCGAACGGUCAAGAUCGAUCCCGAUUUGGGUGAUGCCUGGGCCUAUUUCUACAAGUUCGAAGUGCUACACGGCACGGAGUCACAGCAACAGGAGGUCCUUGAUCGUUGCAUUUCCGCAGAACCCACGCACGGCGAAUCCUGGUGUCGCGUCAGCAAGAACAUCCAGAACUGGCAGUUCAAAACUCCGGAAGUACUUCGCGCCGUUGUGCGGGAGCUAUCCAUACCCAUCUAAGCUUUAAGUCUAUUUUGUGGAUUAAAUGUGUGGAGCCUAGGGCUGCAUCUCUCGGUAUCCCUUAAAUAUGCGAUAAACUUGUUUAAAGUGCUUGAAGAUGAACUC